AUGAAAAUAGUCAAAACUAUAGGAGAUAAAAAGAAUAAUAUUAGAAAUUUGAUCAAUUUUAUAUGGGAAGCUAUUGAUGGAGCAAUUAAGGAAAUUGUUUUUAAUACCCAAUCAUGUUCAGCAGCAAUUUAUUUAAGUGACAGCACUAAGAAUACUGAAAACUUGAAUGCACCUAGGGCAAAUCUAGAUAGUGACAGAUUAUCACAAGUUAAUGAACUCAUGUCUGAUGCCCAUGCAAGUGAAAAUGAUAUAUUAAAUUUGGAAGAGAAGAAAGGUUAA